AUGGUAAUUCUUACAAUAUCAAUUACUAGCAUUGAAAUGGAGGGUGAAACGACAAAAUAUGCCGCUGACAUAUCCUCAGUAAAAGAAGCAUACGAUAGGAUUAAAUCAUUGGUCCAUAGAACUCCAGUUCUCUCCUCCACCUCUCUAGAUGACAUAUCUGGAAGAAAACUAUAUUUUAAGUGUGAAAAUUUCCAAAAAAGCGGAGCUUUUAAAUUUAGGGGUGCAUGCAACGCUGUUCUCUCUCUGACCGAUGAAGAGGCUUCUAAAGGAGUAACUACACACAGCAGUGGGAACCAUGCUGCUGCAUUAUCUUUGGCAGCAAAGAUAAGGGGGAUCCCUGCAUUUAUUGUGGUUCCGAAAAGUGCACCAUCUUGUAAAGUUGAAAAUAUUAAGAGGUACGAUGGAAACGUUAAUUUGGCUGAGGAUAAUAUGCAGUCAAGAGAAGAAGUUAUGAACAAAGUGAGGCAAGAAACAAGUGCUAUCUAUAUACCUUCUUCAAAUGAUGGCCGCAUAAUGAGUGGCCAAGGUACCAUAUCCUUGGAGUUUCUUGAACAAAUCCCUCAAAUCGAUACACUUGUAGUACCAAUAAGUGGCGGCGGUAUGAUAGCAGGAAUAGCAAUAGCUGCCAAGGCGAUUAAUCCGGCUAUUCGUAUUUUGGCUGCUGAGCCUAAAGGAGCUGAUGAUGCAGCUCAAUCCAAAGCAGCCGGAAGGAUAAUAAAAUUGCAAGAGAUAAAUACUAUCGCAGACGGUCUUCGAGCAUUUCUCGGAGACCACACAUGGCCAGUUGUACGAGAUCUUGUUGACGAUAUAAUCACAGUGGAAGACUUUGAAAUCAUCAAAGCAAUGAAACUAUGUUUUAAAAUUCUGAAGAUUGUUAUCGAACCAAGUGGAGCUAUUGGCCUUGCUGCUGUGCUAUCUGAAACUUUUCAAAAGAAUCCUGCUUGGAAGGAUUGCAAACAUAUAGGAAUCGUAGUUUCAGGGGGAAAUGUUGAUAUGGAUGUGUUUUGGGAGUCUUUGAACAAAUGA